AAAUGCACAAUAACAAAAAAAUUUCUUUUCGAAAAAUUAACAUUUGUGAAGAUGACACUUUUUGACAUAACCAAGUACUUUUUGCAUAUAACCUAUCGGCGAAAAUUUUAACUAACUUGGGCAAUAAAAAUAUAGGAACAAAUCAAGGAAUGAAAUUACGUAAACUAAAAUUUAGCUCAAUACAUUAAAACUAUGGCUGGAUCAGCUCUGAGGCGGCUCAUGGCCGAAUAUAAACAAUUAACAUUAAACCCACCGGAAGGAAUUAUUGCGGGGCCAAUAAAUGAAGAAAACUUCUUUGAAUGGGAAGCUCUUAUAACGGGACCUGAAGGUACUUGUUUUGAAGGUGGUGUGUUUCCUGCCAAACUUAUAUUUCCUCCUGACUAUCCUCUGAGUCCACCUAAAAUGCAAUUCACCUGUGAAAUGUUUCAUCCAAAUAUUUACUCAGAUGGUCGUGUUUGUAUAUCGAUUUUGCAUGCACCAGGAGAUGAUCCAAUGGGCUAUGAAUCCAGUGCUGAACGAUGGUCACCAGUACAAAGCGUCGAAAAAAUUUUACUUUCAGUUGUGAGUAUGUUGGCUGAGCCAAAUGAUGAAAGUGGCGCUAACGUAGACGCGGCGAAAAUGUGGCGUGAAAAUCGUGACGAGUUCAAUAGUAUAGCUGAACGAAUUGUCAGACGUACUUUAGGCAUACCAAUCUAAUCUUAAUUUGGUAAAAGUUGACAAAUCCUAAGUUUGGUUUAUUUAUUUAAACAUGUUGGCGUUCCAUAUAUGUCCGAAAAGCGAAUCUGUUUUUUAAAAACGAGUUAAUCAAAUCCGUGUCCAUUUAAUUGUUAUUUGUUUAUAAGAAACUGGAAAAAAGCAAACAAA